CGGAGAGAUGGCAUGGUGUCGUCCAAUGAGAACAGACGCCGGCCGCUGUCGUCGGGCGAGGUGGAGGGCGUGUCGUGGCAGGGCCCACGGACCAUUUUUGUCCCGAAGAACUCCCAGGGAUUCGGCUUCACUCUGCGCCACUUCAUCGUCUACCCACCAGAGUCCUCCCUUCACAGCCUCAAGGAUGAAGAGAACGGAAACGCGCUUGGAAGAGGUUGCCAGCGGUCUCGUUUGGAGCCAAUGGACACCAUCUUUGUGAAGAGCGUGAAAGAAAAUGGCCCCGCACAACAAGCUGGACUGUGUACAGGUGACAGGCUGGUGAAGGUGAACGGGGAGAGCAUUCUGGGGAAAACCUACUCUCAGGUGAUCGCGCUCAUCCAAAACAGUGAAAACAUUCUGGAGCUCUCUAUUAUGCCCAAAGAUGAGGAUGUGUUGCAGUUGGUAAGUGCGUACUCCCAGGAUGCCUACCUGAGAGGCAAUGAGCCAUAUGCAGGCGUGGCCCAGGACCUCCCAGCGCCGCCACCUCUCUGCUACCCUUCUGCCAAGCCCAGCUCCUCCGCCCCACAGCACAACCCCCACAGUCCCCCGGACAACUGGCAGUGCCGACCGGGCCCCGCCGCCUCCCCACUGGACAACCGCCCCCUGCCGCUUCCAUUCCCGACCCCGGCUGGCCCGGGUCCCGAGAAUUCCAGCGGUCACUUGGCCCCGCCGGGCCGGCACCGAGGCCGUUCCUCUUCAGCCAUCAACGUGCUGGACUUUCACUUUGCUAACCACAAUGCUGCCAUCGCCUCUGCCACUCUGCCCCCGCCGCGGAAGAGCAGCAUGCAGGCCUUGGCCCGCACUCACGCCGAUACUCUCUGCCACCAGGCUCUGUCGGACUGGUACUACAGCCAGGCCGAGGCUGCAGAGAGCAUGUCCCCCCGCCACCGCAGCAUCUCUCAGGAUUGUUUAGCAGAGCUGGGGCUGGGGUUGGCCCUCGGCCCCGGUCCUGAAUCCGCCUCCGCCACCUCCGCAGAGAAACGCAGAAGGGAAACCCUCCAUUUCCACCACCAAGCGGCUGCAACUUCCCAUGACUCCUAUUGGUUAGGGAGCUGGGGUGGUGUAUCAGGACCAGGAAGCAGGUCAUGCUCAGAGAGUCUCCUGGCUGCUUACGCCGAGUACGAGCAUAACUACGGGCGUUCUGUGGAAACACUGGCAAAAGCCUCUGCACUGGUGUCACCACGCUACGAACACACUUCACAGGGGUCACAAACAGCGAAAUUUAGAGAGGAGAAAGACCAGAAGGUCAUGCCAGGAGAUCAGCACAAAACCACAGUGAUGUCUCCCAUCACAGCCUCCUCCACAGUGCCUCCUAGUGGCAGGCGGUCAGGCCAGCAGGUAGCUGAACCCCAAACACGGCGAGUAAAAGAAGAAGAGCUAGUGGGCUACAAAAGCUACAGCCCGUCUUUCACCCGCAAAGCUGGCCACCUGCUCCAGCAGGCCCACUCCUUCAGAGAGCCCAGCUACAGCGGCCCCCACCUCAACUGGAGCCCCGGCAGCAGAGGCGGCCCCGCGGACGGGGAGGUGGGCAUGGUUCCCAGGCCUAAAUCCACUCCUGCCCUGUCCUCGUCAGAGGAGGAGAGAGCCCUACAGGAUGAGGACAGUGAGCUCGUCUCCCCCAUCUCCCUGAAUCAAGAGGUGGUCCUGAGGCAGAAGCCGCCUUCCGGCCGCCGAACCCCUGUUCAAGCCCUUCGGCAUCCCCACUACACCACACCUGUGGAGUCACCCGAGCCCCCCGGUUUGGAAACCACACCAGGGACCCCCUCUCCUGUCUCCGGGGGGACUGGCACCAACCGCAGGGCUAAUGGUAGCCUGGCACAGCAUGCAUACAACUCCCUGGCCUCUAUUCCCUUCAUAGAUGACCCCACCAGUCCUAGUAUUGACCUACAGGCCUUCUAUGUACCAGCCCGCUCUGUUGUGUCCAGUUCCCAGGCCUCCACCAUGGCCGUCCUCACUUCCACCUCUGUCUCCCCCACCCUCUCCUCCAUCUCCCCCAUUGUCCGACUUCGUUCUCGGGACUGCAGCAGUAUUAAAAGUCGCCGCUCCUCUUAUUUGCUGGCCAUCACCACAGAGAGGUCCAAGUCCUGUGACGAGGGUCUCAACACCUUCAGGGAAGAAGGCCGCGUCUUCUCCAAACUACCAAAAAGGGUCAAGAGCUUUUUCACUGAUGGGUCUCUAGAGAGCCUGCGAGCCCAGGAGGAGGCCCGGUCCAAACGCCACUCCACCUCUGAACUGGGAACCAUCACCUUUAGUGAUGUUCGCAAGGAGGGCUGGCUGCACUACAAACAGAUCCUCACAGAGAAGGGAAAGAAAGUGGGUGGCGGCAUGCGACCGUGGAAGCGAGUCUUCUCAGUGCUCCGUUCGCACUCGCUCUUCCUCUACAAGGACAAACGAGAGGCCGUCCUUCACGGGGCGGGGGCGGGGCCUAGCCAGGACGAACACCCUCCGAUCAGCAUCCGCGGCUGCCUGAUCGACAUCGCCUACAGCGAAACCAAGCGGAAGCACACCCUGAGGCUGACCACGCAGGACUUCUGCGAGUACCUGCUGCAGGCCGAGGACAGGGACGACAUGCUGGCCUGGAUCAGGGUCAUCAGGGAGAACAGCAAGACUGACAACGAGGAGAUCGGUUUCUCAAGACAAGCUCUCAUCAACAAGAAGCUGAAUGACUACAGAAAACACAGUCUGACAAGUAGUAGGCCGGACUCCUCUCCCAGAGCCCACCGUAUGAUGCCUCCCUUCCUCCUGGCUAAGACCGACAACACCUCAGUGAACCGAGCAUCCAGAACCGAUGACAACAAGGCGCUGUGGGGCAUCAACAUCAUGAAGAAGACCAAGAAGACAGGCAGUCCAAAGGCUUUCGGCGUGCGACUGGAGGACUGUCAGCCUGCUGUCAACCAUAAAUUUGUCCCUCUGAUUGUGGAGAUGUGCUGCGGCGUGGUGGAGGAGACGGGUUUGGAUUACACCGGUAUCUACCGGGUGCCGGGCAACAACGCCAUGGUGUCCAACCUGCAGGAGCAUCUCAACAAGGGCAUGGACAUCAACACUGCAGAGGAGAGAUGGCAGGACCUGAAUGUAAUCAGCAGCCUGCUCAAGUCGUUCUUCCGUAAACUGCCUGAGCCCCUGUUCACUGAUGACAAAUACAACGACUUCAUCGACGCCAACCGGAUUGAAGACGCAGAGGACAGACUGAAGACCAUGAAGAAACUGCUCCAUGACCUCCCAGAUCACUAUUAUCACACCAUGAAGUUCCUGGUGGGUCACCUCAAGAAGGUGGCAGAUCACUGUGAAAAGAACAAGAUGGAGCCGAGAAACCUGGCCCUGGUGUUUGGUCCCACACUAGUGAGGACGUCAGAGGACAACAUGACCGAUAUGGUCACCCACAUGCCCGACCGCUACAAGAUAGUGGAGACGCUGAUCCUGCACCACGACUGGUUCUUCACUAACGGAGGGCUCGAUGAGGAAGAGAAGGCCCCAGAGGAUAAGCGGGACAUGCAGCCUGUGCCCAACAUCGACCAUCUGCUGUCCAACAUCGGCAGGCCGGGCAUGCCAGGAGAGGCAUCAGAUUCCACCACCAGCGAUUCGCUUAAGUCCAAGCUUUCUUCGCUCUCCAAGAAGGACCUGAGUGCCAGGGACUUCCUGCCCAAGUCCAUCAUUUCCGCUGUGACCCGCAAACGUAAAAAAUGCCUCAAUACCCAACUGCAGGACGGUAGCGCUGACGAGGACUCCGAGCAUGAGCCGGUGAAAACCAGCAACUACGGGGAAGAAGGGGGAGGGGAGGAGGAAGAGGAGGGAAAUAGAGGAGAGGAAGAGGCGGCAGAUGGUGGACAUACCAUGACGAAAAUAGACAAAAAGGAUGAAAAUGAAACUGGGGUGAAAGUUAGAGAGAUUAAUGAGGGAAAAGAAUUGUCUGGAGAGGAAGAGGCUGGAGAGGAGGAGGGGAACGGAAAAGGCAACGGCCCAAACAAAUGUGAAGAGGAGAGCAGGCUGAGAACGGACUUGCCGGAGAAUGCGCAGCAACUUGGUCCGAACAGCUUCCUCUACUCUCACCAUCAGAUCAAUGCCACACACCCAAGACCCCCAAAGACAUCCAAUCCUCCGUCCCGCUUGAGACCUCAUAAUCCGGCCAAAGGGCACCCCACAAUUCCUUUCUGGAUCUGCCCCGCCAGGCUUCCCAACCUCUACCAGGCUUCCAGCUUUUAUGGGACCCAGCAGCCAGACUGGAACCAGUCGGCACCAGUACGUUACAGGAAGACAAGAGGCGGGAGGACAAGGGCUAUUUCUAUGAAUCUGGACCUCGAGCUGGGCAGGAGCGAGGAAAGAGUCAGAGGAUGGGAGUCAGAGAGGGUGGAGGUGAUCAGAGUCAUUGAAGGAACACCAGGUCAGCAAAGACCUGUUGGGGUUCCUCAGGGAUCGGUUGUAGGUCCUGGGUCAAUUCAACAAAUAGAUCCUCUCCCUCAUCUUGCCCAGGAGUCUCACCCCCUCUCCUCCUCCUCCUCAGGCUGGAUUGAUAAAAGCUCCCCAGAAUCUCACACUGUGGUGCUGAGGAGAUCGGCCUUGGAGCCACGGGACAAAACGAGAGCAUGGCGUCGUCACACUGUGGUAGUUUAAUCGGAGUGUUUAAUUUACUAACGCAGUACCAAGUACUAGCCCCUUUACUCACAAACACUGGAUCACCCGUGUAACUGCUUCUAAAGCCAAGCGUCCGUCAUGUUGUCUCAACACUCUUCCCUCGUGGCUUUUCAUCGGCACUGAAGCUGGAGAUCUGAUCUCACGUAGAGGAAUUCUUUGACAUUGUGUGCAGCUGCAGAGUUUCAUUCCAAAAUGAAAAAAAAUGUGAAACUCAGUCAUUUUCAUAUACUACACUCACACUCAUCUUGAUAAAGUCCGACUUCAACUUAACAUGCUAACACGCUAACACGCAAACCAGCCAAGGACGCUUUUGUGUUGUGUUUGCUUGGCUGCUAACGGACAAUAAAUUCACACAGUAUGUGGAACAUUUGACGCCAGUAGACGACGUUGAAUAGAAGAACACAGCUAAUAAACUACAGCAGCUUCUCCAACUCUCCUUUUCUCAAAGGUCAAAGACCGUUUGCUGUUGGUCAGCGCUGCAAAUUCAAGUAUUGAAGUUUUAAGGAUUCACACAACUACAAGCGAAUUCACUGAUCUGGACAAUUCCAUUGAAAUCAAUUGCUUUUGCGGCAAAAUAUUGCAGUUUUAAAUGCUGGUAUGACCGAGCCUUCCCAGCAAUACAACUGGCUGCCCUUUUUAACCUGGGAUGUUUUUUUGUUUUUUUUUUAGAUUAAGUGGCCGAGGCAGAGUGCAGAGCAGUGUUUAAACGGCUUUGAAUGCAGAAGAUCUUAAUGUUAAAACUUAAUGCUCUAAAACAAUGCUCCCAUUUCUGAAAACUACCAAGAAAAAAAUGCUGAAAUCUUUUUCAAAUUUAGCUAUUUAAACUAGAGCAAGAAAUCCGGAGCUUGAUAUAUUCUAGGAAAGUAAUCCUUCUAAAAUGACAAGAAAACCUGCCACUCUAAAGAACAGCCGUUUACUAUGUGAUUAACACAAUUACAAUAGAAUCUGAUGUCUUUGUUUGUAAAAAAAAAAAAAAAAAAAAAAAAAAAAAAAAAAAA